AAUUUCUGCAAGAUUAUUAUCAAUUAAACGAAUCAAGUACUCACCUGAACUUCAUAAAAGAGCUUCAGAAGAAUUAAAAUCAAGUGUUUUAUUUUAGUAUAACUAAACUUAUAAUGAGAUUCCAAUUUAUUAUUGUUGCAGUUUUUAUUGCCACAAUUUGUUUGUUCAAAGAUGUUAAGGCACUCGGUGUUGGUCCAGUUGGUCCACCAUCAUUUUGCCCAAUCAGCUCGGCCAUCAUCGCUCAAGAAAUUGCAAAAGUCAGCACACCCGAUCUCCCAGCGGAUCUCCAACAAAAAUUAGCUGAUAUCUCCAGCAAUUCCGAUGAAUUGUGUGAAAAAUGUGAAAGCUUGAUUGUUUGGCAAAGUAAAAUUUGCUCCAUUAAUCAUUUGAAAUCAAGUUUGUUGCAAAUACAACAAAUUAAAGCUGAAGCUGACGCAAGACUCGCUACAACAGCUCCUGCUGAGCUGUAAGAAAUAAUAUUAAUUUUUCUCCCUCAAAAAAUUUGCUGAAAUUUGAAACUUUUGUUGCUGAUAAAAUGAACCACAUAUCUACAAAAAAAAAAAAAAAAUCAUCUUCAAUCUUAAAUUAUUGUAAAAAUACAUUUUUAAUUAAAUAAAUAAAAUUAUUGCAUUCAAAAUAAA